AUGAAUUUCAAAGUUCAAGGUGCUCUUUUAGACGGAAUCCAUACUGAUUUUAUUGUUGCACUUUUCGAGAAUACAAUUUUUAUCAUUGUCACUCAAAACUCAAAACUUGGUACAUUUUAUUUAUAUAAGCCUGAAUGUUUAUCAACUGAUGAUCAAGGAUAUGAUAUAAAAGUACUAUUUGGAUGUGAAGAUGAAAAUCUUACUGCAGGUGUAGCAAGUUUAUUGCGAGCUUUAAAUAUAGAUCGCAGAGUUAUUAUUUGUUUAAUGUUAGAAAACUCUAACUUCCGAACUAUAAGAGCUAUUCAAGAAAUUAUUUCCAAUUUAAUUUAA